AUGCAACAAGACCGGCCACGCAAGUUGCAGCGCAUCUCGCAAGCAUGUGAUCUCUGUCACCGACGCUCCAUCCGCUGCCGGCCCAGCAACGAGGACCAGGAGCGAUGCCAGAACUGCUACGACUUUGACGUGGCCUGCACCUACGAACGCCCUUCGAAGCGCAGGAAGCACCCGCAGGCUCCCGCUGCUCCCUCACAGCCCUCGACACGCUCCUCGCAGUCGCGCACCACCCUGCCCUCGGACCUGGUCCCCGUCCCCGACUUGCAGGCCAAUUCGACUUCGACGCGCAAUGAUUCCAUGGGUAAGGCCAAUGAGUUUGGUCCCCUGCCACCACUCGUUGCCAGCGCCGACCCUGGCGAGCUCGAGCUGUCAUGGAAGGCUUUCGCUCUGUCCAGCGAGACGACCAUCUUCGAGCUGUUCGACGUUUACAUGGAGGUCGUCUACCCGCUGUAUCCCUUCUUUCACGAGGCCACCGAGAGAGCCAAACUGAGGAAUAGGGACCACUUGACCGACAAGGGCUUCUUCGCCUCUAUCAUGGCCAUGUGUGCUCUGUCCUCAGCCCGUAUUCGCGACGGUGCCAUCCCUUCAAGAAUGCCCGAAGCUGCCAGGAACCCCGAAGCCUCGUCCGAGAUAUUUUUCGCUGCCGCAAAGUCCGUCUUCUCUGCCGACCUUGACAAGCUCCGCGGUGCCGACUACAUCCGAGCCUGUACCCUUCUCUCCUUGACCAGCAUCCAGUACGGCCAGUCUCUCGACGUCCAGCAAUACCAGGGUCUCGCCAUGACCCUUAUCGCUAUGCAACGCUUCUACGACGAGAAGUAUUGGCCCAGUGGCUUGGAUGACUCUCAGAAAGAAACAUACAGGCGUCUGUAUUGGGGUAGCUAUACCUUGGAGGUCUACACGGCUGUUGUCUGGAACUGCUUCAUUCGCACUCAAGAGGUCCACUUGAAUGUGCGUUAUCCCAACGAGUACGAUGACGGCACCAUGGCGAACACCAACAUCGAAGCACCCCCCGGCCAGCAUCGUGUCAGCUGGCUUGUAGGAUGGAACUUUACCAUCGACCUGUACCGCGUUUUGGAGCACGUCGUAAACAAAGCCCGUGCCAAACGCUUCAACCACGACGACCGUCGCAGUGUUGACAGUCUCGUGUUCGGUGACGCUUUUUCCGAGAAGAGCGUCAUGGCUACCAUGCUCAACAUGUACUACGCCCUGCCACCACAGUUCAAGUCCACUCCUCCAAUGACUGGUGAUCCAGCUCAGGACAUCUACGCCUUCCAGGCCGCGAACAUUCAAGCAACCUUACAAUUGCUUCGUAUGAUGUUGUUUUCCACUGAAGACGGACCUAGUGUCGAGAGGAAGUGCGACGUAGCUAACGAGGUCUUGUCCGUUUUCCAGACUAUUCCUACAAGGUAUCUGCGGGCCAUUAGUACGCCCCUUAUCUACCAACUGGGAAGCAUAGGUGGCGUCCUCGGUUCCGUGUUCGAGCAGCCCCUCCAGCAGAAGAUGUACGAGCGAGUUCGUAGUUCCCUUGUGCUUAUGGCCGAACUGCUGGAGACGCUCGAGUCUAACUUACAUCGCUCAGCCGGUGCCAGCCAAGGUCUUCUGGCCCAGGUCGAGAAGAUCGACCAGUACAUGCGGUCUCCGAGAAAUGUCACCCACCCUCAACCAGUACCUCAACAAACCGUUGUUGAGCCACCACAACUUCCAAUCGAAAACCACAUGGCUAUGCCCGCGAUUCAACCCGUGUCUGGUAUGGACGGCGGUGUUGUGCAGCUACCUACAGAUCUCAACCUGGAAUGGCCUUGGCCACUAUAUCAGGAAGGUCCUUACUACACGGAGAACAACAAUGGAUAUUAG